AUGGGAAACAAUCUUGUUUCUCGCUUCUCACCAUCACAAUGUCCUGAUACAGAAAAGAUGCAAUCGCCUUUGUUGCUCUCUUUACUUCAAGAAAAGAUUAGAGAAGAUGAUGCUUUUCGCUUUGUUAACUUUCCACAACAUUCUUCCGUUCCUGAUCGUAUAAAUCACAGUCAAAGAAGCAAACGUGAAUCGGAUUCUUUCCUCUCGUCUCCUUUGUACGAAGGCGCAAAAGAGGAUAUUCGAUUACGCGCAAAACAGGUCGGAUGGGUUAGAGAAGAUACGGACGAACCGCUCGCCUCGCCUUCAAUCUCUCCAAGAUCGUCUGUUGAAAGUCGGAUACCCUCGCCUACAUCACCUCAGUCAGAACCAAUAAGAUCACCUCCCACAACAAAAGAUGAAGCAAUAAGGCCAGUUUCUGCUUUGUUACAAUGGCCGCAUCUAGGAUCGGACGGCGAGAAAGUCACGUUUGAUACAUAUGCGCAUCAUCUUCGUCAUAUGUUGACAUUAAAGAUUGAUGAAUCAAGCAGGAGAACAUCACGCGAAAUGCAUUCAAAAGAACAUUAUCGCACUUCACGAGAAAUGCAUUCCGAAGAUCGACAUCGCGCAAUGAGUCUCAAAAGUACGUCAACCGAACGAUCAAUAGUUCGUGAUAUUGGCUGGGAUGAUGAUGAACCUUUAAAACGGCAUUAUUCGAUCCGAAAAUCAUUAGAUCCAAAACAUUCAAAUACGCCUAACAAUAAUGGCAAUGGCGUCAGUUGGACAAAAAAGUUACGCACAUUUGGCAAUCGAAAAUAUCAAAUGAGGAAUUUUGCUGAAGAAGUACGAUUUGAUUCAAUACGUGAAGCUGAACCACUUACGGUUGAUGGUCAAUCACCCGUUUCAAUUCAAACACAAACAACUGACGAUUCAAAUACUGUCGAUCGAGUUUUGGCCGCUGGACCUCAACCUAAGCCAAUGGCACCAAAGCUAAAAGAUCGAUCAUUUGCUGUUUAUCAUGGCAUGAUAAGCAUGUAA